AUGAAAUAACAGAUUAAAGUAUUCUACGAAUUAGAAGAAUUAUUAAACUCUUCGCCUUAAUCUCAUUAGGUUCUCCAUUUUAAUCUGAAUUGUAAUAAUAUUGGUGCAAUAGGUGUAUCAGGCUUAGGUUCUGCUUUAGAAAAGUGCACUAAUCUCUCAAAUUUGACACUUGAACUUAUAUACAAUUAAAUGGGCGAUUAAGGUGCAUCAGACUUAUGUCCUGUUUUAGAAAAUUGCACUAAUCUCUCAAAUUUAACACUUAUUCUAAUAUAUAAUUAAAUUGGUGAUUAAGGUGCAUUAGGAUUAGGUUUUGGUUUAGUAAAUUGCACUAAUCUCUCAAAUUUGACACUUAAUCUUUAGGAGAAUAAAAUUGGUGCAACAGGUGGAUCAGGCUUAGGUUCUGGUUUAGGAAAUUGUACUAAUCUCUCAAAAUUGACACUAAAUCUUAAAGAUAAUAAUAUCGGUGCAAUAGGUGCAUCAGGCUUAGGUUCUGGUUUAGCAAAUUGCACUAAUCUUUCUAAUUUGACACUUUAACUUCAUACCAAUUAAAUUGGUGACUAAGGUGCAUCAGGUUUAUGUUUAGGUUUAUCAAAUUGCACUAAUCUCUCAACUUUGAAAGUUAACUUUUUUUUGAAUGAAAUUGGGGCAAUAGGUAUAUCAGGCUUAGUUUCUGGCUUAGCAAAUUGCACUAAUCUCUCAAAUUUGAAACUUAAUCUUCGUGCAAAUUUUAUUGGUACAAUAGGUGCAUCAGAUUUAGGUUUUGGUUUAGCAAUUUGCACUAAUCUCUCAAAUUUGAAACUUGAAUUUUUGUAAAAACAGUUUAAUUGUUUCAGAUUGUGA